AUGACCACAGGGAGUGACAGCACCAGACUCCUUCACUUGCCCACAGGAACCACGGUGCCAGCAGAAUCAUCUACAGAGAUGGCAGUAGUUACAAAUAACACCUCCCACUCCCCAUAUCCAGUUACAGCUCGGGCCACUGCAUACACUGAAACGCCAGAAAGGACAAGCCAGUCAAGAGGAACAAUGUCCUUCCUCCACCCAGAGGCAACUUCCACAGGGAAUGUCCAGCAAGUCAGCUCAGUCCUGACUUCCAAAACAACUGAAGUGGACUUGUCCACACGGCUUGGCUCCACUGAGGGAAUUGCAAUGGACACACAUUUCCCCUCCAGCACAUCUUCCACUGGCCUUCAGGACUUUGAAACAAGUUUAGUUAUAACCCCCAAGAUAGCCACAAGCUCAGUGACAGAGAAAUCUGGACUUGAAGCCAGGACAUGGGUCAGCACUAUGGUCACUCCUUUCACUGCCUUCAGUAAAAAGGCAAUGACAGCUGAAUGGCCUUCAGGUGGAUCUGUGGAUGGGACUUAUUCGUCUGCCAGCCCAUGGUCAAAGCAGACAGCUAGGAAUGGCCCAACACUGAGUGCCUCCCCUGUGGAUCCAGACACAGCUUUUACCACCCUCCCUUCUGAUGGGUCAGAAGGCUCAACCACUAUCAGCCUCAUCAGAAUGACAAGAGAGAAAACUGUCUCCUCUAUAUCUGCUACCUCCCCUUCAGUGGGGCCUAAGUCUGAGUCCAUCACAGGACUGGACACUACCAAAACUGCAUCUCCACCUGAGGCCCUUUCUGUGACAUCAUCUCCUACAGAACUAACAAGCAAGGGUGGGACCCCCACUGUGAGGGUCAUCACCUCUAGCCCCAAGGGAGCAAGGUCAGUUUCAACUGUAAUGCCUAGCCCACAGAGGAAGUCCAGAACCACAGACAGCACCGAAGCACCAGAGACCUCUCCAUGGACUGUCACAGACACAGCUGCCCACUUCCAUGCCACUGGCUUGCCCAAAGACACUUCUACAGGCAGGACACUUGCUUCCUCAGCUGUGGCUGUUGCAACAGCUGAACAACAGUCAAGUAUAUCUGUGGGUGAGGCUUAUUCAUCUGCUAUCACAUGGUCAGAGAAGACAACUGGAAGUGAUCUGCAUGAUGCGUCUCCAGAGACCACAGACACAUUGCAUCUAACCUCCAUAGAACAAACCACAUCACCAUUUCUGACCUUUAAAAGUCAAGCCAUUACCAGCCCCCCCAGUGCCUCAGGAGGAAAAAUGAGCUCUUUACCAUCUAUCAUACUUCCUUCAAUGGGAUCUAAGACGCUGGUGGCCAUCACAAAUGUAGUGACAAGUGAUGCUCCCUCUAGGACUGGACUACUGUCACAGACUUCAUCUCCUGCAGAAAUGAGCACCGUGGGUGUAACCACACCUCCCACUCCAGAUGUUACCACCACCAUCACCACCAUGGGAACCAACCCAGUCCUGACUACCAUGUCUGACUCAGAGAGGACAGUGAGCACUCUGGCCACAGAGACCAGAACAUCUGCCCUAGAGCAUCCUUCCACAUGGUCACCUACAACUGCUUCUGCCCCAACAUCAGGCCUUCGGAGUUUUAAAAAAAUAACUUCAGUUUUGGAAGUCACAGGUUCCCCUGAAACAAAUUCUGCAAUGGGUACAACUUCAUCCUUAGCAUCGAGCACUGAAUCAGGCUCUACAUCUACUCCCCAUGACACUGAGACUGUCACUGGAACCAGCCUACCCAUUCCAUCUUCUCAUGCUUCAGCUGAAGAGAUGAAGUCCACAGGUAUGAGAACAUUCAGUCAUUCAGACAUGACGGCAUCUAUGCCCAUCUCAACUACUUCUGGUAUCGAAAGAAUGAGACCCUCAUCUCCUCCUAUUUUAAGCACAAGUUGGACUACUAGUAGAAGAGAAACAUUUCUACCUGUUUCAGUGGAUUCUACUGACCAUUCAAAUGCAAAGUCUGAUUCUCUGCCCACUCUUGACUGGGCUACUGGAUUAUUUGUGUCAUCAGCCACAACCACUACCUCAGUUCCUCAAGGGGACACAACUCAAACAUUCCCUGUGGAGAACAUAAUCAGCUCAACUACCUCACAACAGCCACUAUUUACAACAGAAAUGACAAGUGGGGUCACACCUGCAUAUGUGGAAAGUAGUUCUGGAGUCACGAUCUCAUGGAAGCUAGACAAUGUCAGCAAAGAAGCAGAGCAGAAUUCUACCCAGGUUUCUGCAACAAUAUCUGAAAGCACAUCCCAGAAAACUGGCAUUACCAUGAGGAAAAACACUGUAACGUCUGAAGUGCCCACUGAGACUACUAAGGAAGACUCCUCUGAAAGGAUGUUAACCAAUGGCCCUGCAUUGACCACAAUAUCACCAAACAUCCCAAAAGAAAUGAACACCAGGCUCUCUACCUCCCCCAGCAUGGCAACUCUAACCAUGGCUGGCAAAACUAUCAUACCUGGGCCCUCAUCAGAGGGCACACAAACCACAGAUGCAUCAUUCAUAGUCUCCAGGACAGAGAGUCACAUGGCUGAGACUCAGGGAUCAGGACAGACAGACAUGACCAUUAACAUGGACACAGGAUCUGAGAGGGUGCCACAGACAAGCCCUUCCUAUGAACGUCACACCAGAUCCCAAUCUUCCCUGGUGCCUUCACAUGCCAUGAGCUUGACUUCUCUAACACCCCCCACAUCACGGACCAGUGGCCUUUCUGCACCUGUUCCUGCCACCUUACCUGGAACCUAUGACCCACUGAUGACCACUGGCAGUUGGACAACAAGCAUGGCACCUGUGACAAGUUCACCUUCAGAUUUGAUCAGCACCUCAGAAGGGAUACAGGCCACUUGGGAAACCUCUACUGCUACAGCGGACUUCCAAGAUUCCAUUAACACAAAGCUAACCAGUGUGGGGACCAUCACUUCCACACAGGAGUCCCACUCCUCUGCACCCCCUGGCUCAGAGAACCAUAAAGAAACCACUCCAAUCAUCACCUCAUACCUAAAUGAGGACUCCAUGGCCUCCACAACAUUGCCUGGCCUUUCUGACACCAGCAAGCUUGAGACACAGUCAAAGUCACCCCUGUCUCUGAAGCCAACGGGGACCAGCACCGUGCAGCACACCAGCAUGGCCAGGGAAAACACAAUUGUACCUUUGGGGCUGUCCCCUGCUAGUUCUACUAUGGCCUCCUUGACAGAUGUCAUCUCCUCUAGCGGGAUGUCUGUCUCUGGCCCUACUCAGUCUACAAUAUCACCAGACAUUCCCAAGAGUAUCAACACCAGGCUCUCGACCUUCCCUGUCACGACAGUGUCUGCAGAGAUAGCCAUGGCCACAAAAACAGUCCUCUCUGGGGUCUCAUCUCAGGGCACAGGAACCACAGAUGUAUCAGCUACAGCCUCCUGGGUAACGAGUCACAUGGUUGGGACUGAGGGCUCAACACAGUCACACAUGACCAUUAGCAUGGACACAGAGUCUGAGGGGGUGCCACAGACAAGCCCUUCCUCUGAAGUCGACAGCAGAGCCCCAUCGUCCCUGGAGCCCUCGCAUGCCGUGAGCUUGACUUCGCUAGCAUCCCCCACAUCACAGACCAGUGACCGUUCUUCACCUGUACCUGCAACCUCACUUGGAGUCUCUGACCUGCUGAAGACCACCAGCGAAUGGACAACAAGCAUGGCACCUGUGACAAGUUCACCUUCCGAUUUGAUCAGCACCUCAGAAGGGAUACAGGCCACUUGGGAAGCCUCUACUGCCACAGUGGACAUCCAGCAUUCUGGCCACACAGCAGUGACCACUGUGGGGAACAUCACUUCCACACAGGAGUUCCAAUCCUCUGCCCUCCCUGGCUCAGAGACCCCCAAGAGCACCACUCCAAUUGUCACCUCUUCCUUCAGUCAAGACGGAAUGAUAUCCACACCAUUGCCUGGACUUUCUGAAACCCGACAGUUUGAGACACCGUCAAAGUCAUCCCAGUCUCCAGAGCCAAGGGUCACCAGCACCGUGGGCCACACCAGAAUUGCCCCCGGGAACACAACUGUCCCUCAUGAGCAGUCAACUGCUAGUCCUACUGUGGCCUCCAUGACACAUGUCAUCUCCUCGAGCCAGGUGUCUGACUCUGGCCCUGCUCAGUCUACAAUGUCACAAGACGUUUCCAUGGGUGUCAACACCAUGGUCUCUACCUCCCCUGUCCUGACAGUGUCUGCAGAUAAUGCCAAAACAGUCUUUCCUGGGGCUUCAUCACAGGAUGCAAGAACCACAUCUGCUUCAGCCCUGGCCUCCCAGGCAGAGAGUCAAACGACUAGGACUGAGGGCUCAACACAGUCACACAUGACCAUUAGCAUGGACACAGAGUCUGAGGGGGUGCCACAGACAAGCCCUCCCUCUGAAGUCGACAGCAGAUCCCCAUCGUCCCUGGAGCCCUCGCAUGCCGUGAGCUUGACUUCGCUAGCAUCCCCCACAUCACAGACCAGUGACCGUUCUUCAUCUGUACCUGCCACCUCACCUGGAACCCAUGACCCGCUGAUGACCACCGGCAGUUGGGCAACAAGCAUGGCACCUGUGACAAGUUUACCUUCAUAUUUGAUUAGCACCUCAGAGGGGAUGCAGGCCACUUGGGAAACCUCUACUGCCACAGCAGACAUCCAAGAUUCCAUUAACACAGAGGUAACCAGUGUGGAGAGCAUCACUUCCUCACUGGGGUCACACUCCUCUGCUCCACCUGGCUCAGAGACCGCCAAAGGCGCCACUCCAAUUGUGAUCUCUUCCCUCAGUCAGUCCUCCACAGUCUCCACACCAUUGCCUGGCCUUUCUGAAGCCACAGAGCUUGAGCCACAGUCAAAGUCAUCUCUGUCUCUGGAGCCAACGGACACCAGCACCAUGCCUCACAACAGCAUGGCCAGGGAAAACAUCACUGUCCCUUCUGGGCCGCCCACUGCUAGUCCUACUAUGGCCUCCAUGACAGAUGUCAUCUCCUCUAGAAGGACGUCAGUCCCUGGUCCUGCUCAGUCCACAGUGUCACCAGACAUUCCCAAGAGUAUCAACACCAGGCUCUCGACCUUCCCUGUCACGACAGUGUCUGCAGAGAUAGCCAUGGCCACAAAAACAGUCCUCUCUGGGGUCUCAUCUCAGGGCACAGGAACCACAGAUGUAUCAGCUACAGCCUCCUGGGCAACGAGUCACAUGGUUGGGACUGAGGGCUCAACACAGUCACACAUGACCAUUAGCAUGGACACAGAGUCUGAGGGGGUGCCACAGACAAGCCCUUCCUCUGAAGUCGACAGCAGAGCCCCAUCGUCCCUGGAGCCCUCGCAUGCCGUGAGCUUGACUUCGCUAGCAUCCCCCACAUCACAGACCAGUGACCGUUCUUCACCUGUACCUGCAACCUCACUUGGAGUCUCUGACCUGCUGAAGACCACCAGCGAAUGGACAACAAGCAUGGCACCUGUGACAAGUUCACCUUCCGAUUUGAUCAGCACCUCAGAAGGGAUACAGGCCACUUGGGAAGCCUCUACUGCCACAGUGGACAUCCAGCAUUCUGGCCACACAGCAGUGACCACUGUGGGGAACAUCACUUCCACACAGGAGUCCCAAUCCUCUGCCCUCCCCGGCUCAGAGACCCCCAAGAGCACCACUCCAAUUGUCACCUCUUCCUUCAGUCAAGACGGAAUGAUAUCCACACCAUUGCCUGGCCUUUCUGAAACCCGACAGUUUGAGACACCGUCAAAGUCAUCCCAGUCUCCAGAGCCAAGGGUCACCAGCACCGUGGGCCACACCAGAAUUGCCCCCGGGAACACAACUGUCCCUCAUGAGCAGUCAACUGCUAGUCCUACUGUGGCCUCCAUGACCCAUGUCAUCUCCUCGAGCCAGGUGUCUGACUCUGGCCCUGCUCAGUCUACAAUGUCACAAGACGUUUCCAUGGGUGUCAACACCAUGGUCUCUACCUCCCCUGUCCUGACAGUGUCUGCAGAUAAUGCCAAAACAGUCUUUCCUGGGGCUUCAUCACAGGAUGCAAGAACCACAUCUGCUUCAGCCCUGGCCUCCCAGGCAGAGAGUCAAACGACUAGGACUGAGGGCUCAACACAGUCACACAUGACCAUUAGCAUGGACACAGAGUCUGAGGGGGUGCCACAGACAAGCCCUCCCUCUGAAGUCGACAGCAGAUCCCCAUCGUCCCUGGAGCCCUCGCAUGCCGUGAGCUUGACUUCGCUAGCAUCCCCCACAUCACAGACCAGUGACCGUUCUUCAUCUGUACCUGCCACCUCACCUGGAACCCAUGACCCGCUGAUGACCACCGGCAGUUGGGCAACAAGCAUGGCACCUGUGACAAGUUUACCUUCAUAUUUGAUUAGCACCUCAGAGGGGAUGCAGGCCACUUGGGAAACCUCUACUGCCACAGCAGACAUCCAAGAUUCCAUUAACACAGAGGUAACCAGUGUGGAGAGCAUCACUUCCUCACUGGGGUCACACUCCUCUGCUCCACCUGGCUCAGAGACCGCCAAAGGCGCCACUCCAAUUGUGAUCUCUUCCCUCAGUCAGUCCUCCACAGUCUCCACACCAUUGCCUGGCCUUUCUGAAGCCACAGAGCUUGAGCCACAGUCAAAGUCAUCUCUGUCUCUGGAGCCAACGGACACCAGCACCAUGCCUCACAACAGCAUGGCCAGGGAAAACAUCACUGUCCCUUCUGGGCCGCCCACUGCUAGUCCUACUAUGGCCUCCAUGACAGAUGUCAUCUCCUCUAGAAGGACGUCAGUCCCUGGUCCUGCUCAGUCCACAGUGUCACCAGACAUUCCCAAGAGUAUCAACACCAGGCUCUCGACCUUCCCUGUCACGACAGUGUCUGCAGAGAUAGCCAUGGCCACAAAAACAGUCCUCUCUGGGGUCUCAUCUCAGGGCACAGGAACCACAGAUGUAUCAGCUACAGCCUCCUGGGUAACGAGUCACAUGGUUGGGACUGAGGGCUCAACACAGUCACACAUGACCAUUAGCAUGGACACAGAGUCUGAGGGGGUGCCACAGACAAGCCCUUCCUCUGAAGUCGACAGCAGAUCCCCAUCGUCCCUGGAGCCCUCACAUGCCAUGAGCUUGACUUCGCUAGCAUCCCCCACAUCACAGACCAGUGACCGUUCUUCACCUGUACCUGCAACCUCACUUGGAGUCUCUGACCUGCUGAAGACCACCAGCGAAUGGACAACAAGCAUGGCACCUGUGACAAGUUCACCUUCCGAUUUGAUCAGCACCUCAGAAGGGAUACAGGCCACUUGGGAAGCCUCUACUGCCACAGUGGACAUCCAGCAUUCUGGCCACACAGCAGUGACCACUGUGGGGAACAUCACUUCCACACAGGAGUUCCAAUCCUCUGCCCUCCCUGGCUCAGAGACCCCCAAGAGCACCACUCCAAUUGUCACCUCUUCCUUCAGUCAAGACGGAAUGAUAUCCACACCAUUGCCUGGACUUUCUGAAACCCGACAGUUUGAGACACCGUCAAAGUCAUCCCAGUCUCCAGAGCCAAGGGUCACCAGCACCGUGGGCCACACCAGAAUUGCCCCCGGGAACACAACUGUCCCUCAUGAGCAGUCAACUGCUAGUCCUACUGUGGCCUCCAUGACACAUGUCAUCUCCUCGAGCCAGGUGUCUGACUCUGGCCCUGCUCAGUCUACAAUGUCACAAGACGUUUCCAUGGGUGUCAACACCAUGGUCUCUACCUCCCCUGUCCUGACAGUGUCUGCAGAUAAUGCCAAAACAGUCUUUCCUGGGGCUUCAUCACAGGAUGCAAGAACCACAUCUGCUUCAGCCCUGGCCUCCCAGGCAGAGAGUCAAACGACUAGGACUGAGGGCUCAACACAGUCACACAUGACCAUUAGCAUGGACACAGAGUCUGAGGGGGUGCCACAGACAAGCCCUCCCUCUGAAGUCGACAGCAGAUCCCCAUCGUCCCUGGAGCCCUCGCAUGCCGUGAGCUUGACUUCGCUAGCAUCCCCCACAUCACAGACCAGUGACCGUUCUUCAUCUGUACCUGCCACCUCACCUGGAACCCAUGACCCGCUGAUGACCACCGGCAGUUGGGCAACAAGCAUGGCACCUGUGACAAGUUUACCUUCAUAUUUGAUUAGCACCUCAGAAGGGAUGCAGGCCACUUGGGAAACCUCUACUGCCACAGCAGACAUCCAAGAUUCCAUUAACACAGAGGUAACCAGUGUGGAGAGCAUCACUUCCUCACUGGGGUCACACUCCUCUGCUCCACCUGGCUCAGAGACCGCCAAAGGCGCCACUCCAAUUGUGAUCUCUUCCCUCACCAACGGACACCAGCACCAUGCCUCACAACAGAAUGGCCCAGGGAAAACAUCACUGUCCCUUCAUGAGCCGCCCACUGCUAGUCCUACUAUGGCCUCCAUGACAGAUGUCAUCUCCUCUAGAAGGACGUCAGUCUCUGGUCCUGCUCAGUCCACAGUGUCACCAGACAUUCCCAAGAGUAUCAACACCAGGCUCUCGACCUCCCUGUCACUGACAGUGUCUGCAGAGAUAGCCAUGGCCACAAAACAGUCCUCUCUGGGGUCUCAUCACAGGGCACAGGAACCACAGAUGUAUCAGCUACAGGCCUCCUGGGCAACGAGUCACAUGGUUGGGACUGAGGGCUCAACACAGUCACACAUGACCAUUAGCAUGGACACAGAGUCUGAGGGGGUGCCACAGACAAGCCCUUCCUCUGAAGUCGACAGCAGAGCCCCAUCGUCCCUGGAGCCCUCGCAUGCCGUGAGCUUGACUUCGCUAGCAUCCCCCACAUCACAGACCAGUGACCGUUCUUCACCUGUACCUGCAACCUCACUUGGAGUCUCUGACCUGCUGAAGACCACCAGCGAAUGGACAACAAGCAUGGCACCUGUGACAAGUUCACCUUCCGAUUUGAUCAGCACCUCAGAAGGGAUACAGGCCACUUGGGAAGCCUCUACUGCCACAGUGGACAUCCAGCAUUCUGGCCACACAGCAGUGACCACUGUGGGGAACAUCACUUCCACACAGGAGUCCCAAUCCUCUGCCCUCCCCGGCUCAGAGACCCCCAAGAGCACCACUCCAAUUGUCACCUCUUCCUUCAGUCAAGACGGAAUGAUAUCCACACCAUUGCCUGGCCUUUCUGAAACCCGACAGUUUGAGACACCGUCAAAGUCAUCCCAGUCUCCAGAGCCAAGGGUCACCAGCACCGUGGGCCACACCAGAAUUGCCCCCGGGAACACAACUGUCCCUCAUGAGCAGUCAACUGCUAGUCCUACUGUGGCCUCCAUGACACAUGUCAUCUCCUCGAGCCAGGUGUCUGACUCUGGCCCUGCUCAGUCUACAAUGUCACAAGACGUUUCCAUGGGUGUCAACACCAUGGUCUCUACCUCCCCUGUCCUGACAGUGUCUGCAGAUAAUGCCAAAACAGUCUUUCCUGGGGCUUCAUCACAGGAUGCAAGAACCACAUCUGCUUCAGCCCUGGCCUCCCAGGCAGAGAGUCAAACGACUAGGACUGAGGGCUCAACACAGUCACACAUGACCAUUAGCAUGGACACAGAGUCUGAGGGGGUGCCACAGACAAGCCCUCCCUCUGAAGUCGACAGCAGAUCCCCAUCGUCCCUGGAGCCCUCGCAUGCCGUGAGCUUGACUUCGCUAGCAUCCCCCACAUCACAGACCAGUGACCGUUCUUCAUCUGUACCUGCCACCUCACCUGGAACCCAUGACCCGCUGAUGACCACCGGCAGUUGGGCAACAAGCAUGGCACCUGUGACAAGUUUACCUUCAUAUUUGAUUAGCACCUCAGAGGGGAUGCAGGCCACUUGGGAAACCUCUACUGCCACAGCAGACAUCCAAGAUUCCAUUAACACAGAGGUAACCAGUGUGGAGAGCAUCACUUCCUCACUGGGGUCACACUCCUCUGCUCCACCUGGCUCAGAGACCGCCAAAGGCGCCACUCCAAUUGUGAUCUCUUCCCUCAGUCAGUCCUCCACAGUCUCCACACCAUUGCCUGGCCUUUCUGAAGCCACAGAGCUUGAGCCACAGUCAAAGUCAUCUCUGUCUCUGGAGCCAACGGACACCAGCACCAUGCCUCACAACAGCAUGGCCAGGGAAAACAUCACUGUCCCUUCUGGGCCGCCCACUGCUAGUCCUACUAUGGCCUCCAUGACAGAUGUCAUCUCCUCUAGAAGGACGUCAGUCCCUGGUCCUGCUCAGUCCACAGUGUCACCAGACAUUCCCAAGAGUAUCAACACCAGGCUCUCGACCUUCCCUGUCACGACAGUGUCUGCAGAGAUAGCCAUGGCCACAAAAACAGUCCUCUCUGGGGUCUCAUCUCAGGGCACAGGAACCACAGAUGUAUCAGCUACAGCCUCCUGGGCAACGAGUCACAUGGUUGGGACUGAGGGCUCAACACAGUCACACAUGACCAUUAGCAUGGACACAGAGUCUGAGGGGGUGCCACAGACAAGCCCUUCCUCUGAAGUCGACAGCAGAGCCCCAUCGUCCCUGGAGCCCUCGCAUGCCGUGAGCUUGACUUCGCUAGCAUCCCCCACAUCACAGACCAGUGACCGUUCUUCACCUGUACCUGCAACCUCACUUGGAGUCUCUGACCUGCUGAAGACCACCAGCGAAUGGACAACAAGCAUGGCACCUGUGACAAGUUCACCUUCCGAUUUGAUCAGCACCUCAGAAGGGAUACAGGCCACUUGGGAAGCCUCUACUGCCACAGUGGACAUCCAGCAUUCUGGCCACACAGCAGUGACCACUGUGGGGAACAUCACUUCCACACAGGAGUCCCAAUCCUCUGCCCUCCCCGGCUCAGAGACCCCCAAGAGCACCACUCCAAUUGUCACCUCUUCCUUCAGUCAAGACGGAAUGAUAUCCACACCAUUGCCUGGCCUUUCUGAAACCCGACAGUUUGAGACACCGUCAAAGUCAUCCCAGUCUCCAGAGCCAAGGGUCACCAGCACCGUGGGCCACACCAGAAUUGCCCCCGGGAACACAACUGUCCCUCAUGAGCAGUCAACUGCUAGUCCUACUGUGGCCUCCAUGACCCAUGUCAUCUCCUCGAGCCAGGUGUCUGACUCUGGCCCUGCUCAGUCUACAAUGUCACAAGACGUUUCCAUGGGUGUCAACACCAUGGUCUCUACCUCCCCUGUCCUGACAGUGUCUGCAGAUAAUGCCAAAACAGUCUUUCCUGGGGCUUCAUCACAGGAUGCAAGAACCACAUCUGCUUCAGCCCUGGCCUCCCAGGCAGAGAGUCAAACGACUAGGACUGAGGGCUCAACACAGUCACACAUGACCAUUAGCAUGGACACAGAGUCUGAGGGGGUGCCACAGACAAGCCCUCCCUCUGAAGUCGACAGCAGAUCCCCAUCGUCCCUGGAGCCCUCGCAUGCCGUGAGCUUGACUUCGCUAGCAUCCCCCACAUCACAGACCAGUGACCGUUCUUCAUCUGUACCUGCCACCUCACCUGGAACCCAUGACCCGCUGAUGACCACCGGCAGUUGGGCAACAAGCAUGGCACCUGUGACAAGUUUACCUUCAUAUUUGAUUAGCACCUCAGAGGGGAUGCAGGCCACUUGGGAAACCUCUACUGCCACAGCAGACAUCCAAGAUUCCAUUAACACAGAGGUAACCAGUGUGGAGAGCAUCACUUCCUCACUGGGGUCACACUCCUCUGCUCCACCUGGCUCAGAGACCGCCAAAGGCGCCACUCCAAUUGUGAUCUCUUCCCUCAGUCAGUCCUCCACAGUCUCCACACCAUUGCCUGGCCUUUCUGAAGCCACAGAGCUUGAGCCACAGUCAAAGUCAUCUCUGUCUCUGGAGCCAACGGACACCAGCACCAUGCCUCACAACAGCAUGGCCAGGGAAAACAUCACUGUCCCUUCUGGGCCGCCCACUGCUAGUCCUACUAUGGCCUCCAUGACAGAUGUCAUCUCCUCUAGAAGGACGUCAGUCCCUGGUCCUGCUCAGUCCACAGUGUCACCAGACAUUCCCAAGAGUAUCAACACCAGGCUCUCGACCUUCCCUGUCACGACAGUGUCUGCAGAGAUAGCCAUGGCCACAAAAACAGUCCUCUCUGGGGUCUCAUCUCAGGGCACAGGAACCACAGAUGUAUCAGCUACAGCCUCCUGGGCAACGAGUCACAUGGUUGGGACUGAGGGCUCAACACAGUCACACAUGACCAUUAGCAUGGACACAGAGUCUGAGGGGGUGCCACAGACAAGCCCUUCCUCUGAAGUCGACAGCAGAGCCCCAUCGUCCCUGGAGCCCUCGCAUGCCGUGAGCUUGACUUCGCUAGCAUCCCCCACAUCACAGACCAGUGACCGUUCUUCACCUGUACCUGCAACCUCACUUGGAGUCUCUGACCUGCUGAAGACCACCAGCGAAUGGACAACAAGCAUGGCACCUGUGACAAGUUCACCUUCCGAUUUGAUCAGCACCUCAGAAGGGAUACAGGCCACUUGGGAAGCCUCUACUGCCACAGUGGACAUCCAGCAUUCUGGCCACACAGCAGUGACCACUGUGGGGAACAUCACUUCCACACAGGAGUCCCAAUCCUCUGCCCUCCCCGGCUCAGAGACCCCCAAGAGCACCACUCCAAUUGUCACCUCUUCCUUCAGUCAAGACGGAAUGAUAUCCACACCAUUGCCUGGCCUUUCUGAAACCCGACAGUUUGAGACACCGUCAAAGUCAUCCCAGUCUCCAGAGCCAAGGGUCACCAGCACCGUGGGCCACACCAGAAUUGCCCCCGGGAACACAACUGUCCCUCAUGAGCAGUCAACUGCUAGUCCUACUGUGGCCUCCAUGACCCAUGUCAUCUCCUCGAGCCAGGUGUCUGACUCUGGCCCUGCUCAGUCUACAAUGUCACAAGACGUUUCCAUGGGUGUCAACACCAUGGUCUCUACCUUCCCUGUCCUGACAGUGUCUGCAGAUAAUGCAACAGUCACCAACACAGUCCUCCCUGGGGCCUCAUCACAGCGCACACAUUCCUUGGCUGUAUCAACCACGGCCUCCUGGGCAGAGAGUCACAAGGUUGGAAUUCAGGACUCAUCACAGUCACAUAUGACCAUUAACAUGGACACAGGGUCUGAGGGGGUGCCACAGACAAGCCCUUCUGAACUCAACAGAUCACCAUCUUCCCUAGUACCUUCACAUUCCCUGAGCUUGACUUCUCCAGCAACCCAUACAUCGCAGACCAGUGGCUUUUCUACACCUGUCCCUGACACCUCACCUGGAGCCCCUGAUUUGCUGACGACCACUGGUGGAUGGACCACAAGCUUGGUAACCGUGACAAGUUCACCUUCAGAUUUGAUAAGCACCUCAAAUAGGAUACAGUCCACAUGGGAAUCCUCUACUGCCACAGCAGAAAUCCAGGGUUCUGACAACACAGUGGUAACCAGUGUGGGGACCAUCAUUUCCACACAGGAGUCCCACUCGUCCACCCCAAUUGGCUCAGAGACCCCCAAUGUCACCACCCCAAUCAUCACCUCUUUCCUCAGUGAGGACUCCACAGUCUCCACACCUUUGGCUGGCCUUUCUGAAACCACGGAGUUGGCAACACUGUUAAUGUCAUCCCUGUCUCUGGAGCCAGGGGACACCAGCACCAGGCAGCACACCAGCAUGGUCAGAGAAAACAUCACAGUCCACACUGAGAUCUCCACUGCUAGUCCUACUGUUGCCUCUACGACAUAUGUCAUCUCCUCUAGCAAGAUUUCUGUCCCUGGUCCUACUCAGUCCACCAUGUCACCAGACAUUCCCACGAGUAUCAACACCAGGCUCUCCAGCUUACCUGUCAUGACAGUGUCUGCAGGGAUAACCAUGGCCGCCAAAACAGUCCUCCCAGGAGCCUCAUCACAGCGCACACGAAGCACAGAUGCAUCAGCCACGUCCUCCUGGGCAAUGAGUCACACAGUUGGGACCAAGGACUCAACACAGUCACACAUGACCAUUAGCAAGGACGCAAAGUCUGAGGGGGUACCACAGACAAGCCCUUCCUCUGAACACCACAUCAGAUCCCCAUCUUCCCUGCUCCCUUCACAUGCCAUGAGUUUGACUCCUCUAGCAUCCCCCACAUCACAGACCCUUGGCCUUUCUGCACCUGUCCCUGCAACCUCUCCUGGAGCCCGUGGCCCGCUGACCACCACUGGGGGAUGGACCACAAGCUUGGCACCUUUGGCAAGUUCACCUUCAAUUGGGAACAGCACCUCAGAAGGGAUACAGGCCACUUGGGAAGCCUCUACUGCCACAGCGGACAUCCAGCCUUCUGACAACACAAUGGUGACCAGCGUGGGGAUCAUCACUUCCGCACAGGAGUCCCACUCCUCUGCCCCAGUUGGCUCAGAGACUCCCAAAGGCACCACUCCAAUCACCACCUCUUCCCCCAGUGAAGACUCCAUGGUUUCCACACCAUUGCCUAGCCUUUCUGAACACACAGAGUUGGAGACCCAAACAGUGUCAUCCUUGUCUCCAGAGCCAGGGGACACCAGCACCAUGCAGCACAGCAGCAUGGCGACAGAAAUCAUGACUGUCCCUUCUGAGCUGUUCACUGCUAGUCCUACAGUGGCCUCCACAUCUGAGGUUAACUCGUCUAGUAGGAUGUCUGUUCCUGGCUCUGCUCAUUCUACAAUGUCACCAGAUGUUUCCACAAGUAUUGACACCUUGGUCUCUACCCUCCCAGUCCUGACAGUGUCUACAGAUAUAGCCAUGGCCACCAAAAGUAUCCUACCUGGGGCCUCAUCACAGGAAACACGACCUACGGAUGCAUCAGCCAUGGUCUCCCUGUCAGAGAGUCACACAGCUGGGACUCAGGGCUCAGCACAGUCAGACGUGACCAUUAGUAUGGACACUGCAUCUGAGAGGGAACCACCGACAAGCCCUCCCUCUGAACACCACAUCAGAUCUCCAUCUUCCCUGGUCCCUUCACAUACCAUGAGCUUGACUUCCCUAGCAUUCCCCACACCACAGACCCUUGGCCUUUCUAUACCUGUCCCUGCCACCUCACCUGGAGCCCCCAAUCUGCUGACAACCGCCGGUGGAUGGACCACAAGCUUGGCACCUUUGGUAAGUGCACCUUCAGAUUGGAGCAGCACCUCAGAAGGGAUACAGGCCACUUGGGAAGCCUCUACUGCCAUAGUAGACAUCCAGCCUUCUGACAACACAGCAGCAACCAGUGUGGGGACCAUCACUUCUGCACAGGAGUCCCACUCCUCUGCCCCACUUGGCUCAGAGACCCCCAAAGGCAGCACUCCAAUCAUCACCUCUUCCCUCAGUCAAGACUCCACGGUCUCCACACCAUUGCCGGGCCUUUCUGAAACCACAGAGUUGGAGACACAGUCAAAGUCAUCCUUGUCUCCAGAACCAGGGGAUAGCAGCACCAUGCAGCACAGCAGCAUGGCCAUGGAAACCACGACUGUCCCUUUUGAGCUGUCCACUGCUAGUCCUACUGUGGCCUCCAUGAUAGAGGUCAUCUCAUCUAAUAGGAUGUCGGUCCCUGGCUCUGCUCCAUCUACGAUGUCACCAGAUGUUUCCACGGGUAUCGACAGCAUGGUCUCUGCCUUCCCAGUCCUGACAGUGUCUACAGAUAUAGAAAUGGCCACCAAAAGUGUCCUCCCUGGGGUCUCAUCACAGGGCACACAACCCACAGAUGCAUCAGCUAUGGUCUCCCUGGCAGAGAGUCACGUGGUUGGGACUCAGGGCUCCAGACAGUCAGACAGGACCAUUAGUAUGGACACAGCAUCUGAGGGCCUGCCCCAGACAAGCCCUUCCUAUGAACAGGACAUGAAAUCCCCAUCUUCCCUGGUGCCUUCACAUGCCAUGAGCUCGACUUCUCUAGCAUCCCCCACAUCUCAGACCAGUGGCUUUUCUGCACCUGUCCCUGCCACCUCACCUGGAGCCCCUAGCCUGCUUACAACUACCGGAGGAAGGACCACAACCUUGGCACCUGUGACAAGUUUAUCUUCAGAUUUGAUCAGCACCUCAGAAGGGAUAAAGGCUACUUCGGAACCCUCUACUGCCACAGCAGACAUCCAAAGUUCCAUCAACACAGUGGUGAGCAGCAUGGAGACCAUCACUUCCAUCCAGGGGUCACACUCCUCUGCCACACCUGGCUCAGAGACCCCCAAAGGCACCACUCCAAUUGUCACUUCUUCCCUUAGUCAGGACUCCACAGUUUCCACACCAUUUACUGGCCUUUCUGACACCACCGAGUAUGCGACACAGUCAAAAUCAUCCCUGUCUCCAGAGCCAAGGGUCACCAGCACCGUGUGGCACACCAGCAUAGCCACAGAAUACACGACUGUCCCUUUUGAGCUGUCCACUGCUAGUCCUACUGUGGCCUCCAUAACAGAGGUCACCUCGUCUAGCAGGAUGUCUGUCCCUGGCUCUGCUCAGUCUACAAUGUCACCAGACAUUUCCUCGAGUAUUGACACCAGGCUCUCUACCUUCCCAGUCCCGACAGUGUCUGCAGAUACAGCCAUGGCCACCAAAACAGUUCCCCCCGGGGCCUCAUCACAGGGCACACAAACCACAGAUGCAUCAGCCAUGGUCUUCCUGUCAGAGAGUCACACAGCUUGGACUCAGGGCUCAGUACAGUCAGACAUGACCAUUAGCAUGGACACAGCAUCUGAGGGCCUGCCCCAGACAAGCCCUUCCUCUGAACAGGACAUGAAAUCCCCAUCUUCCCUGGUGCCUUCACAUGCCAUGAGCUUGACUUCUCUAGCAUCCCCCAUAUCACAGACCAGUGGCUUUUCUGCACCUGUCCUUGCCACCUCACCUGGAGUCCCUGAACCGCUGAUGACCACUGGAGGAUGGACCACAAGCUUGGCACCUGUGACAAGUUCACCUUCAGAUUGGAGCAGAACCCCAGAAGGGAUACAGGCCACUACUGAACCCUCUACUGCCACAGUGGAAAUCCUGCGUUCUGACAACACAGCAGUGACCAGUGUGGGAAUGAACCUUUCUGCACAGGAGUCCCACUCCUCUGCCCCACCUGGGUCAGAGACCCCCAAAGGCACCACUCCAGUUGUCACUUCUUCCCUCAGGGAGAAAUUCAUGGGCUCCACACAAUUGCCUGGCCUUUCUGAAGCCACAGAGUCUAAAUCACCCCUUAGUAUGGAACCAUGGGAAAGCAGCACCUCUAGGCCCACCUACCAGGCCAUAGAGAAAACUACUCUCUCUUCUGAUGUGUUCACCAGUAAUGCUAGCCUCUUUCCAGUUGAUAGUAUCUGUUCUAUGGAGGAGACCACUAUGUUUACUUCAGUACCUGUCUUUUUUUGACCCCAGAACAUUGAGACAGGUCUACUUUCCCAUGUCUUUUCUGGACUGCAGGAGAUACUCAUAUCCCUGGACUCUAGUUCCACCACUCCCACAUAUACACCUUUAUCUCCUCGUCCCCAUGUUUUGGAGUGUUCCAAGUCUGAUAUUACCUUUUCGGUUUUGGUUUCAGACCAGCCUUCAUCUGGCCAGUGUGCUAAAAUUUCAGUGGAAAUCUCUCUCUCACUCUUAUGCUUCUCUUGUGCAGGGUCUGCUGGUAUAACCUCCUCUCCAGAACCCAAGCUUUCCAUGUCUGUGUCAGAAAUUACUUAUCACCUGAGCACAGUAAGGCUGUCUUCAGGUGAGACCAUUUCAACUGACACAUCGGUCCCUUCUCUGUCUGCAGCUACAGUCACAUCUGGAGUUUCAGGUGCCAGCCCAGCUGCCUUCUCAGCCAGUCCAUUUUUGAGAACAGAACCAGGCCCUGGAGAUGCCAUGUCCACCAUUGCAGAGAGUCUACCUUCAUCAGCUUCAAUACCAUUCCCCUCUUCGACCUUCACUAUUGCUUAUUCUUCAAUCAGCCCAGCCCCUCAGGGAAUUACUUCCUCACUGGUUACCCAGCGUACAGUGGGUACCAACAUCGGGACAGAAAAGAGCACUGCUGAACAACCCUUGACUGUGGUCAGUACUUUGGAGACAUGGACUGAACCAGUCAGGACAUCUUUGUCGUCCAAUGUGGAUACCAGAAUAACAGAACAAAUUCACUUGGAAACAGUGACAAGCCCUUCUCAACUUCCUCUAAAUUCAACACAGUUGACAAGGACUGAUGGCAUCGUGGAACGCAUCACAAAGAUACCCAACGAAGCAGUCCAUGGAGGUGCCACAGGACCAGACCAUGUCCAUGUGUCACCCACAUCAUCUGCUAGUCCUAGAGGACUACCAACAGAGUGGACAGAAAGAGCAGAGAUCACAGCUCUGAAGCACACCUCUACAGCAACUUUGACCACUACAGUCUCUACUCCCACUUCCGGAAUGCUGACUCUCCUCGGGACAUCAGGUAAAACGGCCAGCACAAGCACAAGAAGAACAAUUAUUACAGCCCCAGAUGUUUCCCCUGAUGUUCUAGAAAUGACAGCCUCAUUGGCCACCAGACCUGAAGCAGAGACCAGCACAGAGGUUCCCAGGACAACCUCGUCUGUCUUCAACAGAGGGUCAGAAACCACACCGUUACUGGUCCUGAGUUCCGAAGCAAAGAACAGUUCACCUGUUCCAACUCUGACUGUUUUCUUUGGUGAGCCAGAGACCACAACCUCAUGGGUCACUCAUCCUGCAGAAACCAGCUCAACUCUUUCCAGGGAAACCCUGAAUGCUUCCCACAGUGAAUCAUAUAGCACACCCCCAACCAGUUCUGGGGAAGACGUCAGUUCAGCUGUUCCAACUCUGACUGUCUUCCCUGGUGUAUCAGAAAUCGUGACCUCACUGGUGACCAGUCCUGGAGCAGAGACGAGUAUGGCUAUUUCAACUCUGGCUGAUUCCCAAGAUGAAUCAGAGACCACUGCCUCAUGGGUCACUCAUCCGGGGGUACAGAGCAGUUCAGCCAUUCCAACUUCACAUGUCUUCCCUGGUGAGCCAGGGCUGGUGACCUCACUAGAUACUAGUUCUGGAGUAGAGAUCAGCCCAGCUGAUCACACCCUGACUAUUUCUCCUGGUGAGCCAGAUACAAUAGUCUCAUUGGUUACCCAUUCUGGGGCACAGACUGGUUCAGCCAUUCCACCUCCAGCUGUCUCUCCUGGGACAGAAACUAUUUCCACUAUUACAACUUUGACUGUUUCCCCUGGUGAACCAAAUACAACAGCCUCAUGGCCUCAUUCCAAAGAGAACAGCACAUCUGUUUCCAGGAUAACUCCAAAUUUUUCCCAAAGUGAAUUAGACACUGUACUUUCUAUGGCCACCACUCCUGGAGCAAAAGCCAGCUCAACCACUCCAGCAAUUACUGUCUCACCUGGUGUACCAGCUAUGGUGACCUCACAGGCCACUAGUUCCAGGACAGAUGCCAGUACAACCUCUUUGACUCUGACUGAAUCCCUGCAUGAAUCAGAUACAACAGUUUCCUUGGUCACCCAUCCUGCAAUGUCCAGCCCAGUGGUUCCUAGGACCACAACCCCCAAUGUUUCCCAUAGUGAAUCAGAAAGUGCACCCUCAACAGCCACCAGCCUUGAGACAGAAGCCAGUUCAGCUGUUCCAACUACAUCUGUCUCCCCUGGUGUACCAGAUAUAGUGACUUCACAGGCCACUAGUUCUGGGACAGAUGCCAGUAUGGUUAUUUCACCUCGAACUCUUUCUUCUGGUGAACCAACAAACACAGUCCCAUGGGUCAAUCAUUCUGGAUCACAGACCAGUUCUGUUCCAACUCUGACUGUCUCCCCUGGUGUAUCAGGGGUGGCAACCUCACUGGUCACCAGUUCUGGGGCAGAGACCAGUACAACUUUUCUAACUCUUACUGAUUCCUCACAUGAUUCAGAUACAACAGCCUUACAGGUCACCCAUUCCACAAAGACCAGCACACUUGUUUCCACAAUAACUCCAAAUUUCUCCUACAGUGAAUCAGAUACCUCACUCUCAACAGCCACAACUCCAGGGGUAGAAGUCAGUUCACUUCCAGCUAUAACUAUCUCACCCAGUGUGCCAGGGUUAGUGACCUUACUGGUUACCAGUUCUGAAGCAGAAACCAAUACAACUUUUUCAAGUCUAACUAAUUCUCUGCAUGAACUAGAGACCACAGCCUCAUGGGUCACCCAUCCUGAGAAAGAAGCCAGUUCAGCUGUUGCAGCUCUGCCUUCUUCCCCUGGGGAGCCAGAUACAGCAGUCUCAUUGGUCAACCAUCCUACCGAGACCAGCCCAACAGUUCCCAGGACAACCCCCAAUAUUUCCCAUAGUGAACCAUAUACCACACACUUGAUGGCCACCAGCCAUGGGGCAGAAGCCAGUUCAAUUGCUCCAGCUCCAACAGUCUCUCCUGGUGUAACAGAUAUGGUGACCUCCUGGUUCCCUAGUUCUAAGACAGAUGCCAAUAUGACUAUUCCAAGUGUGACACUUUCUCCUGGUGAACCAGCAACCACAACUUUAUCAGUCACCCAGUCCAGUGCAAAGACAAGCACAACUGCUUUUCCUCAUUUACCAGAGACCAUAGCCUCAUCAUCUAUCCAACCCGAGUUGGAGAUCAGUGCAGCUCUUCCAACUCAGACUGUUUCCUUCAGUUCAGCAGAAACAACAUCCUUCGCCACAUCUGUGACCAAGACCAGCAGAGUUGAUCUAGGUCCAACUGUCUCACCUGGUGUUUCUGCAGAAACAGCCUCACUCUCCACAGGUCCUGGCACAGACAUCAGCACAACUAGUUCAACUUCAACUCUUUCCCCUACUUUUUUGGCAACCACAGGCUUACUGGCCACCAGCCCUGCAUCAGAUGCUGGCACAGGUAUCUCAACGUUGACUGCUGGUGUUCUUGGGUUUGUCAGUACCCCUGAAACCACCGGCGAGCCUUAUACCUUAACUUCCUGGGGCACAGAACCAUCACCACCUGUGACAUCAGUUGGACUCCCUGAAUUGUCCAAGACUGUGACCUUGAGAGCAUCAGAGACCCCAACACCGCCUAAAACAAGCCACAGGGAAGGAUUGAGUGCAACUACUGUCCUGAAAACCACAAUUCUUGAAACCACUAAUUUAGCUACUACCGGUUCAGGCCCCACCAUGGCAGAGACCACAACCACCUUCAGUACAAUGGCAGGAAGUUCCUUUGUCGCUGAGACCUCACCUGAGAUGUCCACCUUGGCCUCUCUGAGUGUUACUUCAGAAACAACUGCAGUUCCUUUCUUGACACCUUUUACCAUCAACUUCACCAUCACCAACCUGUACUACACAGAGGACAUGGAAAACUCAGGCUCUGAGAUAUUCAAUGCCACUGAGAAAGACCUGCAGCGCCUGCUCAGGAUUUUGUUCGAAAACAGCAGUGUUGGUUCCCUCUACGCUGGCUGCAGGCUGACCUUGCACAGGGCUGAAGAGGAUGGAACAAGCACCAGAAUGGACGCAGUCUGUGCCUACCAUCCAGAUCCCACAGGCUUUAGGCUGGAUAGAAAGCGGCUGUACUGGGAGCUAAGCCAGCAGACCCAUGGUGUCACUCGGCUGGGCUCUUACACCCUGGACAGGGACAGUCUCUGUGUCAAUGGUUAUAACCAUCAGUACAGGAUCCCCACCACCAGCACUCUGCUGACUUCCACAUUCUCUCCAGGACUCCCUACAUCUCUGCCUCCCACUCCCAGCUCUACAGGUGUGGGUCCAGCCCUGGUGCCAUUUACCCUCAACUUCACCAUUACCAACCUGCUCUGCACCCCAGACAUGAAGCACCCAGGUUCUAUGAAGUUCAACUCCACUGAAAGGGCCCUGAAUCGCCUGCUUGGCCUCUUGUUCAGGAAUACCAGUGUUGGCCCGCUGUACUCUGGCUGCAGACUGACCUUGCUCAGGACUGAAAAAGAUGGAGCAGCAACUGGAGUGGAUGCCAUCUGCACCUAUCAUCCAGACCCCACGGGCCCUGGGCUGAAUAGAGAAGAAUUGUACCAGCAACUCAGUCAGCUGACCCAUGGUGUCACCUUGCUGGGUACCUACACCCUGGACAAAGACAGUCUGUAUGUCAAUGGUUAUAACCAUCGGUACCAGACCACUACCACCAGCACUCCAGUGACUUCUACCUUCACUCCAGAAUCUUCCACAACUCUGUCCUCCAUCCUCAACUCUACAGGUGUAAGCCUAUCUCUGGUGCCAUUCACCCUCAACUUCACCAUCACCAGCCUGCGCUACACAGAGGACAUGGGGCCCCCAGGAUCUGAGCUAUUCAGCACCAUAGAGAGGACCUUGAAUCGUCUGCUCAAACCCUUAUUCCAGAACAGCAGUAUUGGGCCCCUCUAUAAUGGCUGCGGACUGACCUUGCUCAGGCCAGAGAAAAAGGGAACAGCCACUGGAGUUGAUGCUGUCUGUACUUACCACCCUGACCCUGUGGGCCCUAAGCUAGACAGAGAGAAGCUGUACUGGGAACUGAUCCAUCAGACCCAUGGUGUCACUCAGCUGGGCUCCUUCACCCUGGACAAGAACAGCCUCUAUGUCAAUGGUUACACUCACCAGAUCUCAGCUCCCACAUCCAGUGCUACUGUGACCUCCGUGCUCUUUCCAAGGACCUCAGCGGUGCCAACCCACUUCUCUAGCUACACAGCAGCGGUUCCUUUCCUGGUGCCAUUUACCCUCAACUUCACCAUAACCAACCUGCGCUACGAAGAAGACAUGCAGCUUCCAAGCUCUUGGAAAUUCAACUCCACAGAGAGGAUCCUGCAGGGUCUGCUCAAACCCCUGUUCAAGAAUAGCAGUCUGAGUUUCCUCUAUUCAGGCUGCAGACUGGCCUCACUCAGGCCUGAGAAGGAUGGUGCUGCCACCAGAGUGGAUGCCAUCUGCAUGUAUCGCCCUGACCCUGAAGGCCCUGGACUGGACAGGGAGCAGCUGUACUGGGAGCUGAGCCAGCUGACCUAUGGAAUUGCCCUGCUGGGCCACUAUACCCUGGACAGGAACAGUCUCUGUGUCAAUGGUUUCACCCAUCAAAGCUCUGCACCCAUCACCAACACUCCAGGGACCUCCACAGUGGACCUAGGAACCUCUGGAACUCCAUCCUCCAUCCCCAGCCCCAGCCCCACGGUUGGAAUAGCCUCUACCAUCUCCUCAGCAACUUCAGCAACCCCCACCUCCAUAUCCACAGCCACUGGUCCGACCCUGGUGCUGUUCACUCUCAACUUCACCAUCACCAACCUGUCCCACAAAGAGGAUAUGAGUCACCCUGGUUCCUGGAGGUUCAACGCCACCCAGAGAAAGCUGCAGGGCCUGCUCGGACCUUUGUUCAAGAACACCAGUCUGGGCCCCCUGUACUCAGGCUGCAGACUGACCUUGCUCAGGCCCGAGAAGGAUGGGGCAGCCACUGGAGUGGAUGCCAUCUGCACCCACCACCCUGACCCCAUGGGCUCUGGGCUGGACAGAGAGCGGCUGUACCAGGAGCUGAGCCAGCUGACCAGAGGCGUCACUAUGCUGGGUAUCUACACCCUGGACCCAGACAGUCUCUACAUCAAUGGUUACACCCGCAAGACCCAGGCCACCACCCCCAGCACUUCUAUGGUGGCCACAGUUUCUGCAGGGAUGCCAGCCUCCUUCUCCAGUCCCACAGCUGCUGGCCAUGCCCCGGUGCCCUUUACCCUCAACUUCACCAUCAUCAACUUGCACUACACGAAGGACAUGCGGCCGGGCUCUGCGAAGUUCAACUCCACCAAGUCAGUUCUACAAGGCCUGCUCAAGCCGUUGUUUGCCAACAGCAGCAUUGGUUCACUCUACACUGGCUGCAGAGUGACAACACUCAGGCCUGAAAAGGGUGGAUCAGCCACUGGAGUUGACGCUGUUUGCACUUACCAACCUGACCCCUCGGGUCUCCAACUGGACAGGGAGCGGCUCUACUGGGAGCUGAGCCACCAGACCCGUGGUGUCACUCAGCUCGGUUCCUACUUCCUGGACAGGGAUAGUCUCUAUGUCAAUGGUUACACCAGACCACCACUGACCUCCAGCCCCAGUGUCCCUGUGACUUCCAUGCCCUCAGAAACCUCGGCGGCUCCAAUCUCCUCCAGCCCUACAGUCUCUGGACCCGACCUGGUUCCAUUCACCCUCAACUUCACCAUCGCCAACCUGCACUACACGGAGGACAUGCAGCUAAUAGGCUCAGCCAAGUUCAACAAAAUAGAGAAGAUCUUGCAGAACCUGCUCAGACCAUUAUUCAAGAACACCACUGUUGGCUCCCUCUACUCUGGCUGCAGACUGACCUCGCUCAGGCCCGAGAAGGCCGGAGCAGCCACCCACGUGAAUGCCAUCUGCUUCCGCCGCCUGGAGCCUGCAGGCCCCGGGCUGGAUAGAGAGCAGCUGUUCUGGGAGCUGAGCCGGCUGACCCAUGGCGUCACGUGGCUGGGCCACUACACCCUGGAGCAGGACAGUCUCUGUGUCAAUGGCUACACCCACCAGACACCAGUGACCGCCCCCAGUGCCACCGGACAACCCCUGGUGCCAUUCACCCUCAACUUCACUGUCACCAACCUGCCCUACACAGAGGACAUGCAGCCUCCAGGCUCCUUGAAAUUCAACAGCACAGAGAAGUCCCUGCAGCGCCAGCUCGGACCAUUGUUCAAGAACACCAGUCUGGGCCCCCUGUACUCCGGCUGCAGACUGACCUUGCUCAGGCCUGAGAAGGAUGGGGCAGCCACUGGAGUGGAUGCCAUCUGCACCCACCGCCCUGACCCCAUGAGCUCUGGGCUGGACAGAGAGCGGCUGUACCAGGAGCUGAGCCAGCUGACCAGAGGUGUCACUAGGCUGGGUAUCUACACCCUGGACGCAGACAGUCUCUACAUCAAUGGUUACACCCGCAAGACCCAGGCCACCACCCCCAGCACCACUGGCCCCACUCUGGUGUCCUUCACCCUGAACUUCACCAUCACCAACCUGCGCUACACUGAAGACAUGGGGCACUCAACUUCUUUAAAGUUCAACUCUACUGAGAGGAUCCUCCAGCACCGACUCAGGCUUUUGUUCAGUAAGACCAGUAUUGGCCCCCUCUAUGCUGGCUGCAGACUGGCCUCGCUCAGGCUUAAGAAGGGUGGAGCAUCCACUGGAGUGGACAUGAUCUGCACUGUCCACUCUGAUCCCAAAGGCCCCAAGCUGGACAGAGAGCAGCUGUACUGGGAGCUGAGCCGUGAGACACAUGGCAUCACCCGGCUGGGAUCCUUCACCCUGGACAGGGACAGCCUCUAUGUCAAUGGUUACACCUAUGGAGCUAUAGCCCCGACUACCACUACUGGGGAGGUCAGUGAGGAGCCAUUCACACUCAACUUCACCAUCGACAACCUGCGCUACUCAGCGGAUAUGGGCCUUCCCGGCUCCCUGAAGUUCAACAUCACAGACACCCUCAUGCAGCACCUGCUUGGCCCAUUGUUCCAGAGGAGCAGCCUCGGCGCCCGAUAUGCAGGCUGCAAGGUCACCUCACUAAGGUCUGUAAAGAAUGGCGCCAAAACAAGGGUGGAUAUCCUCUGUACCUACCGGCAGCACCCCAGCAGCCCGGGUCUACCUGCCAAGCAGGUGUUCCAUGAGCUGAGCCAGCAGACCCGUGGCAUCACCCGGCUGGGCCCCUAUUCUCUGGACAAGGACAGCCUCUACCUCAAUGGUUAUAAUGAACGCGGUCCAGAUGAGCCUCCUACAACUCCUGAGGUAGCCACCACAUCCCUGCCUCAUUCAUCAUCACCUGCACAACCAGAAGCCACCACAGCUACGGGACACAGUCUGAAGACCCUCACACUCAACUUCACCGUCUCCAACCUCCCAUAUUCAAUGGACAUGAGCAAUGGCUCAGCCAUGUUCAACUCCACCAAGAGGACCCUGCAGCGCCUGGUAAGACCCUGCUCCCAGCAGAGCAGUCUGGGACCCUUCUACUCAGGUUUCAGAUUAAUCUCCCUCAGACCUGAUAAGGAUGGGGCAGCCACCCGUGUUGAUGCCAUCUGCAACUACCGCCAUGACUCCAUGGGCCAUGGGCUGGACAGAGAGCGACUUUACUGGGAGCUGAACCAGCUGACCCAUGGUGUCACCCAGAUGGGCCCCUACACCCUGGUCAGGGACAGCCUCUUCGUCAAUGGCUAUGCACCCCAGAAUUUAUCUACCCAGAGUGAGUAUCAGCUAAAUUUCCGCAUCAUCAACUGGAACCUCAGCAACCCAGACCCCACAUCCUUGGAGUACACAUCCCUGCAGAGGGACAUCCAGGACAAGGUCACCAAACUCUAUAGAGACAGCCAGCUACAAGACAUGUUCCACUCCUGCCUGGUCACGAACUUGACGUUGGGCUCCAUGUUGGUCACCAUCAAGGCACUGUUCUCUUCUAAUGUGGACCCCAGUGUGGUGGAGCAAGUCUUUCUGAACAAGACCCUGAAUGUCUCAUCCCAUUGGCUAGGCACCACCUAUCAGCUGGCGGACCUGCAUGUGACAGAAGUGGAGCCAUCAGCUCACCUACUGACAGACAAACCAACAAGCAGUCCCAGCACCGAGCACUUCCAGCUGAAUUUCACUGUCACCAACCUACUCUAUUCCGAGGACAUAGCCCAGCCAGGCACCACCACACAUCAGCGAAACAAGCGAAGUAUUGAGAAUGCGCUCAACCAGGUCUUCCGAAACAGCAGUAUCAAGAGCUAUUUCUCUAGCUGUCAAGUUUUGGCAUUCAGGUCUGUCCCCCAAAGCAACCACACUGGGGUGGACUCUGUGUGUAACUUUUCACCGUUGGCUCGGAGACUAGACAGAGUUGCUAUCUACUUGGAGUUCCUGAGGCUGACCAAAAAUGGCACCCAACUGCAGAACUUUACUCUGGACAGAAACAGUGUCCUUGUGAAUGGAUAUUCUCCCAACAAAAAUGAUGUCUUGGCUGAGAAUUCUGAUCUCCCCUUCUGGGCCAUCAUCCUUAUCUGCUUGGCGGGACUGCUGGUACUCAUCACAUGCCUGAUCUGCUGCUUCCUGGUCACUGUCUGCCGGCGGAAGAAGGAGGGAGAAUACGAGGUGCAGCAGGACAGCCUAGGCUAUUACCUGCCACACCUAGACCUGAGGAAGCUACAGUGAGAGCUCUGCCUGAGGCUCCAACGGAGCUUGGCUGAAACAAGAAUAAACCACAUUGGUCAGACACAGUCUCUGGGCCCUUCUUGACUUGGCCCCUUACGAGUUCACAGGAGACCAAGACAAAAGGUGAAGGUUCCCUUUCACUAGGUCUUGAAGGACAAUUGCAAUUCUGUCUUUUGGUUUCAUGCCAUUUCACUUCUCAGGGGCAGCAGAACUGGCAAGAGGCCUAGAUGUGGUCAUUGUGUAAAAUCAACAUCCCACCUCCAUGAGAGACUUCUCUUCCUAGAAACCUUGGAGCACACCUCCCCUUGGCUCUGUGUCAGCCAUUGCACCCAUCUCCAUUCCUCCAAUAUUUCUCCACUCCCAAAGUUAACCCAACUCUGUCUCAUUCUCUGAAGCUCAGGUUCACCGGGACUUCUAGACCAGUCUGCUUCAGUGGCUCCUCUUCCCUCCUGGGUACUCCAAGAUGGGAAAUAGUCCAAGAAAGAACAAGCAGUGGGUCAGAAAUGACUCUGCAACUGAUGUUAGGACUUGGAGCUGAAAUCACUAGGAUCUGGGAAGCCUCAAUCCCAGAGAAAUACCAAGGCUUGAGAGACACAGUGUCUGCCUUGGAUAUAAAGACAAAGAACACCCAAUGUGGAAAAAAUUCUGAGGAAAAAGCUAGACAGUUUUUCUUCAUCUUUCUCUGCACUGACUCCAACUAGACAGAGCAGGGGCUUCCCAACAAGGAGCGCUCAAUGAGCCAGGCAUGAGGCAAGCUGUGCUGUCCUGCUUUGGGUUUGUG